AACAAGAUCUACUUAAUGAAAUAUACAAAGGCAAUUGGGUAGGACUUCCUUAUAUUUAUAAUGCGUUAAAACCAAUGCGUGAAUGCCAUUCACCGAUGUGGUCGGACAAAGAUGUUAAGAACGUUCAUUACAUUGCCAAAUACAAACCAUGGAACGAAGAUAUUACAAUGAGGACACAGAAACUAGAUGGAAGAGAAAAUAUUUCGAUUUUAGACAAAAGUCUAUAG